AUGGGCUCCAGCGACCAGUCAUCCCCCUCCUUGCCAGCCAUGGCCACCAACCCCAAAUUCAUCUUCUUCACCGACUUCGACGGCACCAUCACGCAGCAAGACAGCAACGACUUCAUGACCGACAACCUGGGGUUCGGCCCGGCGCUGCGCAAGAAGGGGAACGAGGACGUGCUGUUCGGCCACCGCGACUUCCGCGACAGCUUCCAGGAGAUGCUGGACAGCAUCAGCACGCCCUUUGACAAGUGCAUCGAGACUUUGUUGCAGAACAUCACCUUGGACGCCGGCUUUAAGGAGUUCUUCCACUGGGCCAAGGAGAACAAUAUGCCGAUCGUUAUCUUGAGCGGUGGCAUGGAGCCCGUGAUCAGGGCGCUGUUGGCUCACUUUUUGGGUAAAGAGGAGGCGGAUAGUCUGCAGAUUGUUAGCAACCAGGUUGUUGUUAGGGAGGGCAAGAAGAGUCUGAAUGAGGAGGGAGGGUGGAUGAUUACUUUCCAUGAUGACAGUGGAUUUGGCCACGACAAGUCCCUCGAGAUCCGCCCCUACGCCAACUUGCCCGCUGGCCAAAGGCCAACCCUCUUCUAUGCCGGCGAUGGCGUCUCGGAUCUCUCAGCUGCCAAGGAAACUGAUCUUCUCUUUGCGAAGGCCGGAAAGGAUCUCAUCACCUACUGCGAAAAUGAGGGCGUGCCUUUCACCACGUUCCACGACUUUACCGAGAUCCUCGCGGUGGUCAAGGACAUUGCUGCGGGCAAGCUGACUGUUAAGGAGGCUGCUGUUGGCAGGAAGUGA